ACAUUAUGUCAGAUAACGAGGACAAUUUUGAUGGUGAUGACUUUGAUGAUGUGGAGGAGGAUGAAGGGCUCGACGACUUGGAGAAUGCCGAGGAGGAAGGCCAGGAGAACGUCGAGAUCCUGCCCUCUGGGGAGCGACCACAGGCCAACCAGAAGCGGAUCACCACACCGUACAUGACCAAGUACGAGCGAGCCCGCGUGCUGGGCACCCGGGCCCUCCAGAUCGCGAUGUGCGCUCCUGUGAUGGUGGAACUGGAAGGGGAGACGGACCCCUUGCUCAUCGCCAUGAAGGAGCUCAAGGCCCGAAAGAUCCCCAUCAUCAUCCGUCGCUACCUGCCAGACGGCAGCUAUGAAGACUGGGGGGUGGACGAGCUCAUCAUCACCGACUGAGCUGGAGCAGCCUUCCUGUCCCUGCCCCACCCUCAGUCUCUACUCUGUUCAUUACACGUGUAAAUAGUAAAGUAUUCCGUUUUC